UCUAUCCCACCAGACGCGAUCAUGACACACAGGUUAAAAAGACAAAAUCAGCUGAGAUAGAGUGAGUGUGAGCAGAGAGGGAAAGAGAGUGUGAGCAGAGAAAGAGAGGAGAGAAAGGAGAGAGAGGAGAGAGAGAUAUUAGAGGCGGCGGGGAGGAGGAGGAUAGAGAGAGAGGUAAUGAAAGAGAGAGUGGGGAGCCACACUUGGCUUGAGGAUUCCAUGGGAACGAGGAGAGACUUUGAGAUGGUGAGUUAAGGGACAGAACAGAAGGGCUUGUGGUAAUUCAUAUUCAUGUAUACUAGCCAGCUGGUCACUGAGAGGAGAAACAUGCAAAUGGAGAAGCAGCAUGUCCUUCACGAAGACUCCAAGACUGAUUUGAGCUCUACUCUGUCUCCAACCAAAGACUGUAGGAGAUCUUAACCAUCUAUCUACUACCUUUCUGUUUUGUUGGCGACUUGACGGGUUGGACAAGCCAUCCCACAUCCAGCUGGUAGAACAUUUAUGCAAGUUGAUGAAAGGGGAUUUGACACCAUUUGAAAAGACCGAAGCGCACCAAAUAUAGGAGAGAGUUGACUACUGGAAACUGCCCAUUGGCGUAGGCACUAUGAAUCUUUCCAGGUGCUUGCGCGUGUUGGGCGCACUUUUCUUCGUGCAUCCUUCUCAAGUGUGUCCUCUUGGUGGACCCCGGGUCCAUGCUUUCCAUGCUGCCCAUGCCGCUGAGGAGAGGCUUCUCAAGAACCUGUUUGCCCACUACAACAAGCUGUCCCGGCCUGUGGCCAACACCUCCGACGUGGUGCUGGUCCACUUUGGCCUCUCCAUCGCCCAGCUCAUCGACGUGGACGAGAAGAACCAGAUGAUGACGACCAACGUCUGGGUGAAACAAGAGUGGAAUGAUUAUAAACUCCGCUGGAACCCAGAGGAGUACGAGAAUGUCACCUCCAUCCGCAUCCCCUCGGAAAUCAUCUGGAGGCCUGAUAUUGUGCUUUAUAACAACGCUGAUGGUGACUUCGCGGUGACCCACCUGACCAAGGCCCACCUGUUCUACGACGGACGCAUCAAAUGGAUGCCGCCGGCCAUCUACAAAUCCUCCUGCAGCAUUGACGUCACCUUCUUCCCCUUCGACCAGCAGAACUGCAAGAUGAAGUUUGGCUCGUGGACUUACGACCGUGCCAAGAUCGACUUGAUCAGCAUAGCCAGUGAUGUGGACCAGAUGGACUACUGGGAGAGCGGCGAGUGGGUGAUCAUCAACGCUGUGGGCAAGUACAACACCAAGAAGUACGAGUGCUGCACCGAGAUCUACCCCGACAUCACCUAUUACUUCAUCAUCCGCAGGCUGCCGCUCUUUUACACCAUCAACCUGAUUAUACCAUGUCUGUUGAUCUCCUGUCUGACUGUCUUGGUCUUCUAUCUGCCCUCCCAGUGUGGCGAGAAGAUCACCCUGUGUAUCUCUGUGUUGCUGUCUCUCACCGUCUUCCUCUUGCUCAUUACCGAGAUCAUCCCGUCCACCUCGCUGGUCAUCCCGCUCAUCGGCGAGUACCUCCUCUUCACAAUGAUCUUCGUGACACUCUCAAUCAUCAUCACCGUCUUUGUGCUCAACGUGCACCACCGCUCGCCGCGCACACACGGCAUGUCGCACUGGGUGCGCCGGGUCUUCCUGGACCUGGUGCCUCGUGUGCUUUUCAUGAAGCGGCCACCGGCCACCGCCAAGCAGAACUGCCGGAAGCUGAUUGAGAUGAUGCACCGGACCAGCUCCUCGACAGCAGCCAGUCAGUCGCAGUCUUUCUGGGCCGGGGUGGAAACGGGGCUAGGACAGCUAGGACAGCUAGGACAGCUGGGACAGCUGGGACACACACUGCCUGCCACCCCCUCUGACAGCUCCAACAUCCUAGCCCUUUCCCCUUCACCAUCUCCCUCUCCUACCCAGGGCCUGCCCUUGGAGGAGCACCCCCUCAAGGCCCCCCAGCUCUUCUGCCGCUCCCCUUCCAGCCAGUACUCCAUCCUCCUGGAGGAGCCUGGCAAACUCGGGAACACUGCCUCCCCUUUGUCCUGCUCAACCCACUCCUCCACUCCGUCAUCCUCCCCCCCGUCUCUGCCGCUGGGUCCCCUGGGUCCAGUUCACUCUCUUCCCCGGGACGAGCCACAAAUACUGUCCCCCAACGGGCGGAGCCACAGUGUAGAGCAUGUGUUUGACCACCAGAGGGAGCCUAACUGGGAGCCCCCCCAAAGGGUCGGGCACCGCUGCCGCUCCCACAGCUUCCAGUACUGCUGCCUGCACGAGGAAGGGGGUGGGGUUGCUGGUGGUGGCAAGGGCCGAGAGGCUGUAGGUGAAGGAAGGCUAAAGAGACAGGUUCUGCUAGACCAACUAGCUAGAGCCUCCUCCACAGAGCCCACUGUUGAUCUAGUGAUCCGGGAAACCAUGGUCCCAAGAAUAUCCCCGUCGAUGAGAAGGGCCAUAGAGGGUGUGCAGUACAUCGCUGACCACCUCAGGGCAGAGGACGCCGACUUCUCAGUAAAGGAGGACUGGAAGUAUGUGGCCAUGGUCAUUGACAGGAUAUUUCUCUGGAUGUUUGUACUAGUGUGUAUACUGGGAACACUGGGACUAUUCCUUCCUCCUUGGCUGGCUGGAAUGAUCUAGAAACCUAGAUUCCAGACACAAUUAAACCGUGUGGAAGUCCGAUUCCGAGAUUAAAGACAAGAGACACGGAGUUACAAUGCAAAGUUACCUGUGAGUCUCUCUAGGCCAAUAUAUUUCUAGGUUUUCUAAUAGUGGUUGAUUUGUAUUUUAUGCCUUUUUUGUUGCUUUUUAGAUUGAACCUGUAAGCCACUGUCUUUAUUUGUGGUUGCCAUUUUGCACAGGUUAUCAUGAGGUUAUUCACUGAGACAUGGAGGGGGUGUGUCUUUCAUUGAUUCCACAGAGCAUAUGAAUUCUUUAUGAGGCCAAAAGGCUGACAGUGAAAACAUCCUUCAAAAUUCUAUUUUGACAUUGAGCUGCGUAGCCCAAGUUCUCACCAAUGUAUAACGAAUUACUCUAAGGAUGGGCUGGCCUACGCGCCCGUGCGCGCACGCGCACGCACACACACACACACACACACACACACACACACACACACACACACACACACACACACACACACACACACACACACACACACACACACACACACACACACACACACACACACACACACACACACACACACACACACACACACACCUCAGUGUCAGAGGUGACAUGGAAGGUUUCUGAUUCAUUAGCUUGAAAUGCUGAAACUUAAAUUAAUCUGUUUCAAUUAAAUGGAGGUAAUGUAAAAAAAAUAACAGGAAUUUGUGGUUCAUCAGGAAAAAUCACAUCCUAUCACAGUUUGUUUAUCUGAUAUUUAAUUUUGCCUGAUGACAUAAAUUAUAUAUACAAAGUAUGUGGACACCCUUUCAAAUUAGUAGAUUCAGCUAUUUCAGCUAUUCCAGUUGCUGACAGGUGUAUACAAUUGAGCACACAGCCAUGCAAUCUCCAUUGAAAAACAUUGGCAGUAGAAUGGCCUUACUGAAGAGCUCAGUGACUUUCAACGUGGCAUCAUCAUAGGAUGCCACCUUUCCAACAAGUCAGUUCGUCAAAUCUCUGCCCUGCUAGAACUGCCCCGGUCAACUGUAAGUGCUGUUAUUAUGAAGUGGAAACUGCUGAAGCACAUAAAUAUCAUCUGUCCUCGGUUGCAACACUCACUACCGAGUUCCAAACUGCCUCUGGAAGCAAUGGGAUCUUCAUGAAAUGGGUUUCCAUGGCCGAGCAGCCUCACUCAAGCCUAAGAUCACCAUGCGCAAUGCCAAGCGUUGGCUGGAGUGGUGUGUUGUGACUUUACUUUCAUUAAUCUGAUGACUGUUAUUUAUCUAAUCAACUAACUAUGUUUAAUUGUUACCCUACUAAAUGAAUCAUGUAACAAUUAACUCAUUAGGAAUUUGGGGCACCACGAGAGUGGUUGUUGAAAGAGUUACCAUCUCCAAAUUUAAACUUUACCUAUCACAUCCAUAAAACAGUCAACGUAUUAAUCAUAACCUAGUACCAUAUCAUCAUUCUGAACAGUCGUAACCUCCUGCAUCUGCAAAAAAAACAGCCUUACUUAUUAUUCAGUACUGCACAAAUUGGUUUAAUUAUUUAUUUACUAGCUAACUAAAUGAUAACACAGGAUAAACAUACACACUUAAUACAUUAGGAAAAGCAGACUGACACAACAUAUGGCUGCAUCUUACACAACAACAUGGAGAGGGAGAGAAAGAGACACUUAUCGUUGAUACAUUUUAGGAACUACUCUCACAGUAACCAUAUACUUUGCACACGAACCGCCGGCAGUUUGGAGUAAGAAAUCAUGAAUGUAUUUACUUUUAUAUGCCUUCGUAUGCUGUGGAUCUCUGUCGGAACCAGCCCUCCUUAGGACGGGUGUUGGGCCUUUCAGCGGCACACUUGUAAGGCUCUGAUUGUCCAAAAGGGGUCUCAUCUCCCCCGUCUUCUACUGUUGUUCACUCCGGAAGAUGCUCCUUGGAAGAUGGGCUAGCCAGCCGUGUCGACGGUUCCCAUUGGUGAUGAUGAGUAGAAUAAGGUGAUUUGAGAAGAGUAGUAGAAUAGGAUGGUUUGAAGAGUAGUAGAAUGGUCCCACUUAAAUUUGCUUUUCUAGAUACUUUCUUAGGACAGCUAUUCAGCUGUACCAGUGAUUGUCUGAGGGGAGUUUUCUUCUCCACCUUGUGUUGGUAUUCAGGGUUCAAACCAUUUUACAUGUUCCAUCAGGCUGACACGCUCUCUGACCUCACUCGGGGUGUGGAUACUUACUGUGCAAAGAUUAUAGGAGACAAAUUAUCGCAUGGCUCCUAAAUUCACAUUCCUAUCUUAACAAAAAUACGUUCAGCAUUUUUCAUAGUUCAUAUACAACGUAAAGGAUGGAGACUUUGUACAUGUAGUGUAUAUACUUUUAAAGAUACAAUAUUUCCUUUAUAACACUUAAUGACAUCACAAAAUAACAAACCAUGUGAAAUUAUUAUUCUUUAGCUCGCCUCUAGACUCCCCACGUUAGGAAUAUUUUUCCAGUAUUCGCUUUAGAACAUGUUAGAGUUUCGGCGGGAAAAGUCUCUGGAGACAAAGGUGUUAAUUUGGAGAGGGAUGUUCUCUGGAUCUCCUCUCCUUUAAUUUACGACAGGGUGUGAGCUGUCAACCCCCAACCAGCUCCCUCGUCCCUUCUGUGGGUGAGAGAGGGUCUGGUUACUGUCAUCCAUUGCCAAGCUGAUCUGAUCUGACCCAUUCGGAUCUUCACAGGACAGUAAUACUCGCCGCCAUUGAACUCUGGAUCAGUGGUAAUGCGCUCUCUGGAGUGAUGAAUCACGCUUCACCAUCUGGCAGUCCAAUAGACGAAUCUGUGUUUGGCAGAUGCCAGAAGAACACUACCUGCCCGAAUGUAUAGUGCCCACUGUAAAGUUUGGUGGAGGAAGAAUAAUGGUCUGGGGCUCUUUUCCAUGGUUUGGGCUCGGCUCCUUAGUUCCAGUGAAGGGAAAUCUUAAUGCUACAGCAUACAAUGAAUGACAUUCUAGACAAUUCUGUGCUUACAACUUUUUGGGAACAAUUUGGGGAAGGACCUUUCCUGUUUCAGCAUGACAAUGCCUCCAUGCAUGAAGCGAGGUCCAUACAGAAAUGGUUUGUCAAGAUCGGUGUGGAAGAACUUGACUGGCCUGAACAAAGCCUUGACCUCAACCCACAUCGAACACCUUUGGGAUGAAUUGGAAUGCCAACUGCGAGCCAGGCUUAAUAGCCCAACAUCAGUGCCCAACUUCACAAAUGCUGCUGUGGCUGAAUGGAAGCAAGUUCCCGCAGCAAUGUUCCAACAUCUAGUGGAAAGCCUUCCCAGAAAAGUGGAGGCUUUUAUAGCAGCAAAGGGGGGACCAACUCCAUAUUAAUGCCCAUGAUUUUGGAAUGAAAUGUUUGACGAGCAGGUGUCCACAUACACUACAUUACCAAAAGUAUGUUCACCAUUCUAAGACAAUUAUAAUAAUCAGCAAUAGGGACUCACAGAUCAUAAUAAAGUUCACAAAUGUAUUUUACAACCUGAUGAAUCGAUACAAUCUUGAUUACCUGUGUUUGGGUGAUGAGUGAAAUUGAUUCUCAAUUUAUUUCAGGAGCACGAAUUUAAUUAACCAUAUUUGCAGUCUCAGCUGUUAGAUAUUGAUUUUGAUGAUGGAACAAAGGUAAUUUGUCAAUGAAAGAGCACAAAGUCUAUUUUUUUAAACAUGGACGAUAGUUUUAUCGUUCAAAUCUUGGUUAAAUGUUGUUCACUGUAUGAUUUUGUAUCUCUCUUGUAACACUGCUAUUCAAAUGUAUCUCUGUUGAAUAACUUCUGAGUUGUUACAUUCGGAUUUGAAACCACUAUGGAUUUGAUUAACACAUUACUGGUUACCAGUAGCCUUAUCAAAGACUGUGGGUCCAUAGUUUUCUGUCAAACAAAGAGCAACAGUGAUAGAAGUACUAUAUGAUGUUGAAACACACAAGUCAAUGUAAUACAAUGUGCCAGUGCAGUGACUGCAUCUGUUCAUGUAAUAUAGAUGGUGUGAAAUUUAAGACAUAUGCAAAAGAGUUCAUUUUGGAGUUCAAAUGUUAAUCCACAAAACAACAAAUUGCAUAACUGGAGAGCAUUUAGAUUUUUAUUCAUCCAUGUGCUUGUUUGAUGUUUCCAUUGAUGGCUGAUAUGUCACAUUAUAUUGUCUUCCUUAUCAUUCCAGAAUGUAAUUUCUAUUCAACCCUUAACCAACGGGAUUUAUUAGACUUCUAUUUCAAAAGAAUAAAGUAUUUGUUUGAAAGUU